UUGUGCUCGAAAAUGUCACUGCGCGAUAAAAACUUGCAAUAAAUUUGGUAAAAAACCCCUCGUAAAAAAUGUAAAUCCCGUGCGUGGUGUCGGUGCGAUCGAACUGGUCCGAUUCGGGUGCAAAAAAUGUGGUAGAAUUGGUGAGUUGGUUGUGUUGUAGCGCGUUGUGGAGUGUCAGUGUGCUGCUUUGGUCGGCUGUCAAUUAAUCUCGUUGCCCCCACUUGACCCCAGGCGAUGGUCGUUGUAAGCGGGAUCUGGGUGAAGAAUGUGGCCGCAUACCCAACCCCCAUGGUAAAGAGCAGCAACGCCAAGAUGCUCGCCAAAGCCGUGCUCAUCUGCCGCCCCAACUCGCACCCCUUCCAGGAGCGCACCCUUCUGCUGGACCAGCCGGUCAAGGUGGGGCGCUCGGUGGCGAAGGCCAAAGCCACCUGCGCCAACGCCAUCUUCGACUGCAAGGUGCUGUCCAGGCACCAUGCGGUGCUCUGGUACGAGAACGGGAAGUUUUACCUUCAGGACACGAAGAGCAGCAACGGGACUUUCGUCAACAAUAAUCGCCUGGUGGCCGAGACGGAGCACCAUGAGGUCAGUUCGGGGGACAUUGUCCAGUUUGGGGUCGAUGUCAUUGAAAACAACAAGAAGGUGACCCAUGGGUGCAUUAUCGCAACGCUUAAACUGUACAUGCCUGAUGGGAGGGAGGCCAAAGCCAGCCCCAGCAUCGUCGAAAAUAACACUGAUGUCGUGCCUUUAGACGAGUUAUACGAACUACACCAGAUCAUCCAAGAGGCCACUCAGCGUGAACAAUGUCUCGAAACAAAACUAGCAACACUUCAAAGUGUUGUGGACGAGGCUCGAAAAUCGGCCGAAGAAAGCUGGCAAGCUUACGUCGGUGAAGAACGUCUCUUGUCGCGCAUUUCUGCCCUCGAGACGCAACUGCAACAAGCGGGGAAAAACUGGGCCGAAGAUAAAUAUCGCGAAGAAAUCGUUAAACUUCAGGAAGAAAACGCCGCUUAUCAGACAGCCGCCAAAGAAACACUCGAAAAAUUACACGCUGAAAGACUUCAAGCUUUGGCGGUUGCCACCGAACAGGAACGAUGUCGGAUCUCGGCCGAACAGGAGGUGAUUUUAGUCAAGGAACAGUUGAGUCAGACCCAGCAAGAGUUGGAGGAAGUGGCGAAGAGGUUUACGGAGGAACAGAAGAAAGCCAACGAGGAGAAAAAUCGACUGGAACACGUGCAGUAUGAUUUAGAGAAAAGGCUUCAAGCGGAACGUGAUAAAGUUGAUGUUCUUCAAGUGAGGAUGAGGCAUAAUGUGCAAUAUAAGAGUUUGUUUGAUGAGAAAUUCAUAUGUAACGAUGAUCUGAAAGCGAAAGAAGAGAUUUUGGCAGAGAACGAGUCGGAAUUAAAUAAGACGAACGGUGUGGAGAUUGAACCGCAGAAUAACCAUAUUAAUUUAACGGUCGCUCCCGUGGAGAAAAGCUCUUGUGAGGAAAAACGCGACGUGGAGAGCGACUCGGAGAGCGAAACCUCCAAUGAAACAAUGGAGGAAAAAGAGUCGGAAAAGCGCGUCACAUUCAAUCUCCCAGAGGAGGUGAACUGCAACGGGCCUGAAAGCCCGUCUGAAAACUCAAAAGACGACUUCGACAGCGACAACGUCGACUCGAAAACCUUAAAGUUCAAAUACCAAACGGCUCAGAACGAGCUGAAGAAACGAAUCGAAAUCCUCGAAUCGAUCCUUGAGUCGAACAAAUCGAAAAUGAGCGAACUGGAGAAGCUUCUCAGCGAGGAGAAGGAGCUGAAUUGUGUUCAAACAAAGGAGAACGAGGCCAUGAGGGAGGAGCUGGUGGUGUUGCAGCAGAAGUGGAAGGAGAGCUGCAACGAGAGCCAGCAGCUGCGCGAUCGCGUGAGCGGUCUGGUUAAGGAGCUGGAAGAGGCGAGCGCCAAGGACCAAAUUGUAAAUACCUCCACCAUAUCAAGUAGUUACGAACAAUUAGUUAGUCUGGAAGAGGAGCUGGUUCUGCUGAAGGAGCGCUACGCGCAGAGCAACGACGACAAGCUCAAGCUGCAGCAGGAGCUGGCCAAGGUGAGGGAACAGUACAAUAAGGUGUGCAACAGUUCGUACGACAAAAUGUAUUUCUAUAUCGCACCGCUAAUACUCAUGAUCCUUUAUCUAGUAAUAAGCGCAAUGAUUUCCUGAUUUACGGCCAUUCUUUUGAUUUUCUUCUAUUUCUUUCUCGAGGUUUUAAUCAAAAUUAUCAAUGAGACGUGAGUUUAUUUGCCAUAAUCGUGUGAUUUGCGGAUUAUAGGUUUUGUACAAUUUUUGUGUUAGCCCAAUUAGGAGAAAUGUAUUUUAUUUAAUAUAUUUGUUCAUAGUAGAUGUAUAUAACCGAUGUAUUUAAGGAGAAUAAAACUCAUUUCAAGUGCA